AUGCCGCCGUCCACUGUCUUCUCGUACUGGCGCCGGGACCACCGACGGUCCUCCGCGUCGCCUGCUUCGAUCCCCGCGCCCUCGCCUGUCAAAGGGGCGACUGGAAGUCCGAUCAGAAGCCCUCCUCAGAUUCCAGAGAUUCCAGAUACACCAAAGCUCACCACUACCUUUGACGAUCACUCACCCGAUGGCCCCCACUCGAACGACUCGCCGCUGGACAUUGAUCCUUCCAAGCUCAACAUCAGCUCAUCGGUCGCGCCGCUAUCCUCCUCGAUCACUCUCGCUGUCCCAUCGCCGGCAGUCGAAAAAGAAAGUCGUCCUCAUUCUAGCCCCGGCGACUGCGCGGAAGAACAGUUCACAACCCAGUUAAAUGAUUCUCAACUGUCUGUGACGGCUCUACGGUCUGAUCAGGGAGACGCAGAGCCGAAUUUCAAAUCAAGCUCGCCAUUUCGACGUUCGUUUGGCAAGCAGAAACGAUCGCCAACUGCGGCAACGGGGUCAGGUCAUUUCCGGUUCAGAUCCUCACCAGACGAUUCGCCAGCCGAUAAACAAAUAAUGCCACAGAAGGAUUUCAAGAUGGAUAGUAGCACAACUGUUCGACGCACCGGAGAUCGGGAUGUGUCCGUAGAACAGACACAUCACAAGUCGGGCAAGGCGAUGUUCCAUCUCUUGAAUCCGAUGUCUCUCCUUGCGCGCAGGCGCUCCUCGCAGUUGGUUAGCUCCCGGGCAGAAGAUGUCAAAAUCAAGAACCGGAAUGUCCCUGCUAUGCCAGAUGACUACGAUCCUAGAAUUCGUGGAAAGAUUGUUCAUGACUUCUCGGUGCCCCGGCCGCGCCGUAAUCUUUCAGCUACUCUGCAGGACACAGUUGUGAAUGGGCAGGAUACUUCACCACCGCAAAUACCCAGUCAACCGCGUGCGCCCCACUGGAAUGAUCAGGCAAAACGGCACAGUGAUUAUUCGCCUGUUUUCAAGGAACAUUUUGAGGACCAGAACGUUCUACAGGUGGAACACAAGGGUUAUCUUCAAUCUUCACUUUUAACAGGUCAAUCACAGCCUAGUUAUGAUAGCUCAUUACCGGUCUUUGCGCGGAAUUUGCCUUCUCAUCUGCCAGAAAGAUCUGUAGAUGUUCCGGGUCAGCUCGAGCCUGAGGCGGAGGAACCUCCUCCAAGCCCACCCAAGGCAAUCUCCCAUGCCCAUCCUCAGCACCCUCAAGACCAAGAUACUAUUCCUAAUGUACCAUUCAAUCCCUCCGCUUUGCCGAGACAUCUCAAGAGCAAUGCCUCUCGAUUCAGCUUCGAUAUGAACGGAGUAGACUCAUCUUCACAAGAGAGAAUGUUAGAAGAGAAGCAUAAGGCCAAGGAAGCUUCUCGCAGAAUGGAGGAUGGGUAUUUUGAUGACUUCGACGAGGACUUUGAUGAUGAUAUGAUGGAUGAUUUGGAUGGGCUGGAAGAAAAGAUCCCUGGUGUCAAUGCAGAUGCCGAUGACGAUUUCGAUGAUUUCUCACUUUCGCGAGAUAUCAACGAGGCUAAGAGCUGGGCUAUCCCGGCAUUGUCACCCGUCGUUGCUAGCCCGGUCACUGCUGCACCGCCAGAGCCCACAAAUACCUCUCACGUUACCUCUCAUCUCUCUGAGGCCACACAAUUAGACGAUGACCUGAACCAACAAUUCCUAGAGGAACAACCGUCCCUAGCUGCCAAAAAUGAAGCGACCCAAACCCUCCCGACACAAACCCUUCCGCAGGUUCCGAUUGCGACACAAGCGGCCCCAAUCCUUGACGACGACGAUGAUCUUUAUUUCGAUGACGGCGAUUUCGGAGAUCUUGACGUGGACAAUCAAGAUGGUGGAUUUGAUGAAUCUAUAUUUGAUGAUGUAAACAGUCAUUUAUACGAACGAAAACGGGUCGGUGCCCCUGUGGCACCUGUACCAACGGACAGUGCUGAUCCAGGCGAGGAUGACUCUUCAGCAGGGAAAGAAAGUCCCGUGGCAGAAAGGGGAGUCCAAGGACUGCAGCAUAUGUCUAGUGUGGCCAGUGACUAUCGGGUCACAGGAUCAGUCAAGCGUGGCCCCCUGGGCGAGCCAAUACCAAAUAUGGGUCCUGUCCGUGCCCAUGGUGGCGGUGUGCUCACAGAGCAAAAUCUAGAUAUUUUGCACAAUGCUUUAGCUUUCGCAGCCAACGAAGCAUCAUAUAGUGCGCGACUUGAGCGCGAGUUCAGCACGAGUGAAGCAUCUCAGGGCCAAGGCAGCGCAGUUCAAACAUCGCAGACAAUGGACUCGCAACCGGGUCUAGUUUCUGAUGACAGCCACAUCAGCCAAGCUGCAGAUGCUAUGGCCUUCGAAGAUGUCUUCGAUGAUCAGAUCUACGACGAUGGAUUCUACGACGAUAAUGAUGAUUCGUACUUCGAUGAUGCAAUCGUUGCUGCUGCUAACGCCGAAGCUCUUGAGAACGAUGACGAUGGCUUUUACGGCCAAGAGUUCGGCUUUUACGCACACGCAGAUGGCAAUGGCGUCUCUGAGCUAACUAACGGUGGAUACUUUGGUCCGCGACGGGUUGAAGGUCUUACACGGAACCACAGCAGUCGCGGCAAAUUCCAGGAGCCCAGCUUGACCCCUAUAACUGAACGAAGUGAAUGGAGCACACGCAACUCUAUGAUAUCGGUCAAGGCCCACGGCGGUACCCAUCCAAAUUCAGCACUAGCGAGCCCUGGACUGGCGCAGCUGGUUGAUAUGGGCAAUCUCGACGAUGAGAUGUCCCUGAGCGCACUCAUGAAGCUACGCCGGGGAGCCUGGGGUGGGAGCAACGGUAGCCUGCGCAGCAGUGCAGGUAGUCCACCACCACAUGCGCUCUCGUCCUCUCACCGUGCAAGCUUGAAUGGCGCUGAGGCAAGCCCAACCGUCUCUGAAGCGAGGCCUUUCAGUCCCGAGGAGGCGGCCCCAAAUGGUCUCGGUUCUUUACCUGACGACAGCCACCCACGUACUGCUUCGCCCUUGUCAGGGCGGCCAGAUUCUGAAGAAAUUCCCCGUAGUGGACCUCAGCCCUAG